ACCUUGCAGAACUUUCUGCAUCAGGCGUAGCAAAAUUUCCUCUUCUCCAGACUCCAAUGAUCUCAUUGGACACCAUCUGGCCCGCAGACUCGGUCGAGUUCUGUCCUCAUGAAAGUGCUUCCGAUAUCUUUGUCUGCGGGACCUAUCAAUUAGAACAGUCCCCCACCGAUGCUGCGCACACCGCAUUAGAAGACUCGGACGGUCACAGUGAACUAAAUUUCGAACCUACGACAGGAAAACAAAGUCAAGUCCGUCGUGGCAAGUGUCUUGUGUUGCAAGUAACAGAGGACAGAGGAGUUUCCCAGAUUCAGGAAAUCAGUCUUGCAGCUGUCCUCGACCAGAAAUGGUGUCAUACAUCUCCAACGGCUUCUCCAAUACUCGGAAUUGCAGACUCGGAAGGGAACAUUACCAUUCACGAGUGGCACAAAGAAGAGCGCCGGCUCAAGCCUUUUCAAAGAAUAUCCUGCGCACCCUCAGAUGUUCUGUGCCUUUCCUUAGACUGGUCUACCCGGAGAUUCCCCACAAACAAUUUUGGUUCUCUGGUGGUUUCCCUGUCAAACGGCUCGCUAUGUGUUCUGACACCUGAUUCAACUGGCAAUUUGUCUGUCGUUAACCGAUGGCACGCGCACGAUUACGAACCUUGGAUUGCUGCUUGGAACUAUUGGGAUACGUCCAUCGUUUAUUCGGGUGGAGACGACUUGACCAUGAAGGGCUGGGAUGUUCGACAGAAUUUUAGUCAGCCGAUCUUUACAAACAAGCGAUUUGAUGCAGGUAUCACAACUAUCCAGAGCCAUCCACACAUAGAAUAUCUCAUAGCCGUCGGAAGCUACGAUAAUAAGGUUUGCCUUUUUGACACUCGAAAGCCGCUAGUACCACUCGUCCAAGGAGACGUUGGAGGGGGCGCGUGGCGCGUCAAGUGGCAUCCAUCGCCCAGUCGCAAGGAAGAUCUCCUUGUUGCAAGCAUGCACGACGGCUUCAAGGUAGCCAAGGCCCACCACGGAGAAGAUGUAACAUGGGAAAUUGUGAAGCGGUUUGACGACCACAAGUCGCUAGCAUACGGCGCAGACUGGUCAUUUGCUCCUAUAGGUGUAGAUGGGGAGACAUUGAUCGCGACUUGCUCAUUCUAUGACCACAUUCUACACCUCUGGAGCGGCUAGGUAGCAGAAUGUAUGCAAGAUAUGGGCGAUGC